UACCUACGGGCUAUUUCUACACAAUAAAUAAAAGCCAAAUGAGAAAAAUUGAAGCCCCAUUUCAAAUUUCAUGCAUCCAGAGUGAAAGUAGGUGUAACACCUUAGGCAAAUCCCACAUCGACAAAGCACGAGAGAGAUUCAUGGUUCAUAAGUAGGAAACCGACUUUAACUGACAAGACGCGUUUUGGGGUGUAAUGGAGGAGUUUUUCUGAGAACUCCGAAGUUAAACGUGCUCAGUGUGGAGUACAACAAGGAUGGAUAACCUUUUGGGGAGUCACCUUGAAUUGCACCCCAAGUCAAAAACCGUGAGGGUCGAAGCCCAAAGCGGACAAUAUCUUCGUCGGGAAAAGGUUCGGGAUGUUACAAGUGGUAUCAGAGCCUCUCCGCGUCCCUCUUGAACGAUGGUGGGGCAAACCUCAAUGAGGGCGUUGAGUCCCAAGGGGGGGAGGCAUGUAAAACCUUAGGCAAAUCCCACAUCGACAAAGCAUGGGAGAGAUCCAUGGUUCAUAAGUAGGAAACCGGCCUUAACUGACAAGACGCGUUUUGUGGUGUAAUGGAGGAGUUCUUCUGAGAACUCCGAAGUUAAACGUUCUCAGUGUGGAGUACAACAAUAAUGAGUGACCUUAUGGGAAGUCACCUUGAAUUGCAAUAUCUUCGUCGGGAAAAGGUUCGGGAUGUUACAGUAGGAAGGACAUUUUGGUCUUCACAAUUACUUUUUUUUUAUUCAUUAAAAAGACACUUACUAGGAUUCGACCCAUGACCACUUUAAAGAAAAUCAAAGAUCAUAACAAGUAGGAAGAACAUUUUGGUCUUCACAAUUACUUUUUUUGAUUCAUUAAAAAGACACUUACUAGGAUUCGACCCAUGACCACUUUAAAGAAAAGCAAAGAUCAUAACCAAUCACACUAAGUACAUUUGUUGUAACUUUUUAAAUUAAAAACAUAUAAUCGCAGAGAGGAAAAAACCCUUCCCCCAUUUCAAAUUCCCUGCUCCAGGAGUGUUUGUAUGAAGGGUAGAAUAGGGAGUGUCAAUUUUUUUUCUUUUUUCCUCUGUGGAACUGGCCAACUUACCGUACACAUGCCGAUUUAAACGGGUUCAGGAAUGUCAAUUUUUUUUACGUCCUUUUAUUUCUCCGUGGUGGUAAAAAUAUAUGAAAAGGCAAAAACAAUACUCCUUUUUAUUGCUAAAAAGAAAAAAAAUAACAAUAAACUAAUGCAUGGCUUCUAAUGGCUAACCGCUAAUCAUAAAAUAAAAGAGUUGAAUUGGCCUGAUCUACACGGGAUUUUCCCAUCAAGUAAAACAAAUGAACAUCAUGGGUUUGCUAUUCUAAAAUAAGCUAUUUUCUCUAUCAUAAUAUAUAUUAUGCUAUUAUUUCAUAUCUUAGUGGCUAAAAUAUAAUGUAUUUUAAAAUUAUUCAAUGGUUUAACCUCGACCAACCCAAUUAGUCCAAUUUUUAUCAUUUCAAAUAUAUAAUAUGUAAUUAUUUGAUAUCAUAAUGAUUAAAUUAUAGUGUAUAUUAUAGGGAAUCGUUUUUUAUUUGUUAGUAAAAAACUAAACAGAAAGAUCUAUUUGGUUAUAUUUUACAUUAAAAUGAUCCUAAACAUUUUCAGUUUCUUUUCGAAAAUCCAAAUUAGAAAGUUUAAAAGUAAAGAAUAGUUAGAGUUUGCAUGGGUCGGUCAAACAGGCUGAAUUUCAAGUUUUGGCCCGUUUUGAUCAAGUCUAAUUUAUAAUCACAUGGUUCCCUGAUACCCAAUAAAAAUCUCAAUCCAAACCAGUUUGGCAGGUGAGUCCGUGUUUACCACCAUUUUCUAGGGAUACAGGAACGGUGGUUCCUAUCCCAAAUCGUGUUGUUCAUUCUUGAUUUUAGAUUUUAUCAUGGCUUGGCAAAAAACCAGAAAGCACAAUGACGACAAGAUGAAAGUUUUAUAAAGCAAAUUAAUCGGCCAACGGGCCGAGUAAAAGCUAGCAACGAUUGUGAGAUGCUCAUUUUCCGAAAACCGGCGGGAUAGGCGAUUUUUUAUUUGAUUUUUUGGAAUUCGGUUUCUAUAAAACUUACUCCACCUCAUCAUAUUACCAGAAACAAUAUUGUUUGACAAGGUAACAGGUACUUGAUUUUGGUUCAUAAGGCUGAUUUUUUAUUUGUUGCAUCAUUCAUGUUUCUUUCCUACUAAAAUUCACUAUUUUUAUCACGCGUUUCCAAAAAAAAAAACUAUACAACAAUAAGCUAUACAUCCCAUUACAUUAUUAAAUUUCAUACCUCAACUUCCUCCGGCCAAAUGGCCGGGGCCCACGCUAGUAUAUAAUGAAAUUAAUGAUACACACAACUAAUAGCUUCUCUCAAAGCUUCAAUAAAAAAUAGCAGCUCUCAAAUUGAUUUUGGUUUCUCCGCAAUUUGAAAGAUAGGUACCAAUAUCUACUCGAACCUCCAGCCUUAAUUAACACAUAUGUUGUCUCGUCUUCUGUUGCCUCGUAUAGAAGCUAAAUUGUUCCUUCCGCCACCAACUGACUAAUAUAAUGUACUAGCAAAAUCUCGUUUGCUAUCGUUUCGCGUAUCAGAAAAAUAAAUAUUUUAAUGAGUAAUAAUUUUAAUGUUGACCCAAAAGUGAAAGUAUAUGAUUUGUUAUUUACAAUAGCAUAUGAUCGAUGAACUUGCAUAAGGUAGAAGGGUCAUCGAAUAUAUUAUUUAUGUUUAAACUUCUUUCAUGACGCUAUUGUUUCAAAUUGUAUGGCUAGUAGUUGAUCCUGCUGUAACUUUUGUAGAAUGAAGCAGCUUGUCUGGAUCUUUUCAAUAAGUAUUACAAAAAUAAUUGUGUGUUUAGCUGAAAAACUAUCAUAAUUACUUUCUAAUAUAAGAGAUAAUGUAAAAUGACUAAAAAUAUUUCUAACAUAGAAUAUGAAUACAAUUUCUACAAAUGAAAAAGUACUUAAAAUGGAUCACGUUAGAUUUAUUUUAUAUUAAAUGAUAUUAGUUUUCAAUUUAUAUUUUAUAAUGAUAUAAAUGAAAAAAAAUUAUAUUUUCUGGAAAAAGAAUAAUAUAUGGUGACAAUUAUGUAUUUUCAAAUCGAAACUUCUGCUUUUAAGUUACGAAAAGUUUCAACUUUUGAAAAAGCGAAACUUUAGAGGUGUUUGGCUUGACUUCAACUUUUGAAACAUAAACCUUCUAAAAUUCGGGCCAAACAUAAUCGUACUCUUUUGGCUUUCUUUUUUUUGGGUUUGAGGUGAUCGUGGUUCUCCUUUAUGAAAAUUUUGGACUGAUUGCAGGUUUGAGAAGGUUCAACUCGCAUGGAUCGGGUCAAAUUAGGUUGGAUACCUAUGGAUUUGGGUCCAAUUGUCUUUCUCAAACAAAAAGAAAAAGAGAAAUGAAAAACACUAAAGCUAAAAAUCGCUACCGAUUCAAAACUCGUCAACACCAGGUUCAACUCGCUUUGACCUGGUUGAACCGAGUUUUGGGAAAAUUCACACUGGCACAACCCGCCAAUUAAAAAACAGAUAAAACUCACUCCCGCCGAAAACCUGUACAAUCGCGUUCAAAUCGAUUUGGUCGGGUCGAAUUAGGUUGGAUACGUUAUACGUAUGAGUUUGGACUCAAUUGUCAUUCUCAACCAAAAGGAAAAGGGUAAAAAAAAUAUAUACUAAAGCGGAUAAAACUCGCUCACGACCCCAAACUCUCAACAUUGCGUUCAACUCGCUUUGAACGGGUCGACCCAGUUUUAACAAAUUCACAAUUUACCCAACCUGUCAAUUACGAAAGCGGAUAAAACUCACUCUCGAUACGAAACGCGUCAAUAAUGGGUCAAAGUUCAAUUGUCAUUCUCAAUGAAAAGGAAAAUGAGAAAUAAAAAUAAAUAAAGCGUACAAAACUCGCUUUCGAUCUAAAACUGGUCAACAACGUGUUCAACUGCCUUCGACCAAUUUUUUAACAAAUUAACACUUGGUCCAACAUGCCAACUACAAAAGCGGAUAAAGCUCACUCAGAAAACAACACUCAUCAAUACCUUAGAUUUGGGUUCAAUUGUGAAUUGGUGAGCGAUGUUGAGGAUUGGAAAUAACAUAUCUUGUAUGGAUCUUUGGUCGCGGCCAUUGUAAACGGUGGAAGAGAAUGUGGUCAAUGAUAUAAGUUUAGUAGAUAUGAGUUUGAAAUUUGUACAAGUUUGAAUGCCAUGUGUUUAAUAUUGAAAGUCGUCUAAAUUUGUACAAGUUUGAAUACCAUGUGCUAACUUGAUCUGAUGUGACAAUCAACUGUUAUAGUAGACUGUUAAAUAUGUGACGUGACAAUAAAAAAUAAUAACAAUUGAUUUUUUUGUUUUCCACAUCAUUAUCUCAAAAAUAGAAAAUAAACUUAAACCCAUUACCUUUUAAUCCUAAAAAUUAACCUUUUCAACUUUACAAAAUUUUAAGAAUAUUUUGUGGCGGAUAAUGAAUAAAUUAUUUUUCAAAUGCUAUUAUAAGUAUAUAUUCAUUUUUAUAAUUUUGAAAAUAUGAUGAUUUACAUAAUAUUGAAAUGUGUUUUGUCUUUGUCUAGCGUCUAGGCGUGCCUAAGUGUAAAUUUAAACGUAUUUUUUAAAUCAUAUAAUUUAUUAUAUUGAACCUAUCAUGCUAAAAAUUUAUAGUUUAGACAUUGACGUAGCCAGUAUUUGGUCUAAUGUGGGUCCACUUAGAAAAAAAUACACAUUAUAAAAUAAUUUUUUUGUUAACUUUCAUGAUAUAAUAUUAUAUUGGAAAAUUUUGGUUAAUUAAAAUAUAUUAGUAAUCGAAACUAUCAAGAUUAUCACUAUGUGUACCAAAUAAUUAUUAAUAAUUUACUUAGUCGUUCUCUUUAAAAUGAUGUUCUUUGUCAAGAAUCGUUUACUAUCAAUAACUCGAAUUGUUCAUAAAAGUUUGAUAAUGAAUGUUACACAAAACAAUAAUUCACAAUUAAGUUAGUCAUUCGCUUUCGAAUGAUGUUCUUUGUUAAGAAACGUUUAAUAUCAAUAAAUCGAGUUGUAAGGAUAGAUUCAAUACUAUAUUUUAUACCAUUUACUAGUACCCUCAUAAGAAAGUCAGAUUACACAGAAUUGAAGUUUGCCAUAAUCGGAAUACCGUGUGCUUAAGAAAUGAGAUCGCAAAGAUCUAAACAUAAGACCUCUCCAUUAAUUAUUAUCAAUUAGUCCCCAAUUUUUCGACAUCAAUUAACUAUUGUACCUAAUUUAACCAAUUUUCUUCCGAGACAGGAUGAGUCCUCCGCUACUGAGUUUAGAUGGUAUUUUGAGUUAUUUUAACCAUAUAUCGUAAUAUUAAAUAUAAUUUUCCUUAUAUUGUUUUGAUAAACUUUAAUGCCUGCAAAAUCUUGGUUCCACCCUGCCCGAACUGCCCCAACCGGAUCAUCAUGGCCGAGUUCCUGACUCACCUCCUUCUUCCCCAACUGAGUCAACUCGUCACCUCUUUCCCCGCCCGCCCCCAUCUCCUUCUCACACGACCAAACCCUCCCUUCCUUCCUUGCCUGCGCCUGCGCGGCGCAUUCCUUCUCUUUCUUUCUUCUUGGCCGUGCCCAUUUUCGUCUUUUGUUCUCCACCCGAAUAUCAGACGGUCCCAGCCCAUCCACGUCAUCAUCGUCUUCUCCACCCUUCUCUUCCUUGUUCCUCCCUGUCAUCUUCUUCCUUCUUUCUCUCCCUUUCCUUCUCGCUUUACUUUUUUCCCCUUGCAAUUCGGUUAACUGCCUCCUCCUCUCUCCUCCUAGGGUUUCUCCAGAUUCGCUCCCUGCCAACCACAUAAUUUCCAUCCUUCUUUCCACGUCGAGCUCCGAAUUGCUUAUUGCUUCCUCCCAACGACGACGAGGUACCGACUCCAAUCCAAUUUCGAUCUGCUUUCGAAUUCUCGCUUCUUAUAUUGUUUUUGAAUUUUUCGGAUUUGCGAUGUCUGGUGAGCUAGCUCCUCCGGGCUCCGGUUUUAUUAUCGAUUCCCUGUUUUUUUGUUUGUUGUUGUUGUUGUUGUUGUCUAGGGUUUUCAAUUGAAUUGGAGGCUUCGUGGUAUUAUUUUUUUUGGCUCGGGUGUUGAUGCUAUUUUUGGCUGGAUAAAUUCUGUAGGUGUGCGUGUACAGUGUGGUAGUGGGUGUGGUGGAGCUGUUUGUUGUUGAUUCGGGGAGGAGUUUUAGGGGAGCUGUGUUUUCUGAUUUAGGGAGUGAUGGCGAUUGAGAAGAACAACUUUAAGGUGUCUCGGUUUGAUCCAGACUCUUCACCCAAUAGCAGGGGAAGUAUGUCCAGUGAUGAUAAUGGUGGUGAUGAUGGUGAUGACAAUGAGCUUCACCGGAAGGUGUCUGCAGCUGAAUCAGAUGACGAAGGCGACGAUGAUGAAUUUGAUGAUGCGGAUUCAGGGGCGGGAUCAGACGAUUUCGACUUGUUGGAGUUGGGGGAUACUGGGGCCGAGUUUUGUCAAAUUGGUGAUCUGACUUGCAGUGUUCCUUUCGAGUUGUAUGAUCUUUCAGGGUUGGAAGAUAUACUGUCUGUGGAUGUGUGGAAUGAUGUCCUGUCUGAAGAGGAAAGGGUUAGCCUGACCAAGUACUUGCCUGACAUGGACGAGCUCACUUGUAUGCAAACUCUUAAAGAGCUCUUUGAAGGUACGAAUGUCCAUUUCGGCAGCCCUAUGAAGAUGCUGUUUCAGAUGCUAAAAGGAGGGUUGUGUGAACCUAGGGUUGCUCUUUAUAAAGAGGGUUUGACUUUUUUCCAAAAGAGACAGCACUAUCAUCUUCUUCGCAACUAUCAGAAUAAUUUGGUUAGCAAUCUGUGUGAGAUAAGGGAUGCUUGGCUUACAUGUAGGGGGUAUAGCAUUGACGAUAAGCUUAGGGUUCUGAAGAUAAUGAAGAGUCAAAAGAGUUUGUUGUAUGGCAAGAUGGAUGAAGAUAUUGUCAGUGACUCAUCUGAGAAACUGGAAUCAGGUGAUAAUACUUUGUGGGAUAAAGGGGCCAAGGACAGAAAAGGUGCUUUGAAACUGAAUCGCAACUCUCUACACAUGCUUGCCUCAACUCCAGAUUUUUCUUCGCGUAUUGUGCCACAAAAGGAACUGGCGAAGUAUGGGAAACAGAGUUUGAAGGGUAUGCUCAAGUUAGCUGGGUCGAAAGCACCACCAUCUUUUAGAGAUAUGAGGAGUCCUAUUCCUUCUCAUUAUGAUGGUAUGGAAAUGAAUACCAAGGCAUAUGGGUUGCCAGUGCCCCUUCGUCGUCAGAAUAAACAUGCUGCUUAUGAAUCAGCUGGGCCUGCCCUGCGGCUACAGGAUCAGAUUAGAAUACGUGAUAGUUUUGAUUAUGAUGACUAUGAAGAUAAUGACGAGGCAAUGCAUCUAGUUGGUGCCAAACAAGAUCGUAUUAUGGCACAUGGUAAUGUGAUCGACAAGUCCAGAGGUCUGAAGCUGGGAAGGAAUAAGCAGCGACCGAGAAGAAAUAAUUUAGGUGAUGACAGUUUCAUGGGUUCACCCUUUUCUUUGCAGAAUGAUAUCAAUGCCUAUGGUAAGCACAGAAAUACUAGCCGGCAGCCAGUAGAGGAAAUGUUCACUAAGCCACCUCAUGUCCGAAGUUCUGAACAUCAAAUGGGUAAAAAGAUGAAGUAUUCUGAAACCUUUCAGCAGUUUCCUUACGGUGAUAAGAUGAAUCACCUGAAAAUCCGAGGUGAAGAGAUGCCUCUGAAAGGAAACCGAGUUGACUCAUUGAAUGCUUCUGAACUCAUCUGGCAUAACAAUAGAUAUGAACAGGCUUUCCCCAUGGAUUCGUCAUCUAAAUACGACGAGUUCAAUAUCAGAAGUAAGAAACGAAAACCAGGGCGGGACUCCCCUGAUUUUAACUCCAGAGGUUAUGGAGCUUCCUCUCAUUUGAACGAUAGAAUUCUUCUUUCUGAAAUGAGAGAGAGACCAUUACGUGAGAAGGCCAGGAGAAAUUUUGUACAUAAUGGGGCACAUGUCAAGGGAACAACAGCAAGAGGUAAGGGAAUGUACAUGCGAGGUGAAGACACAGAAUCAGAUUCGUCCCAAGACUUUGAUGAAGGUGAUGAGGAAGAGGAUAACACUCCUUUGAUUCAUAACAAGUCCUUGUACUCCCAAGGGAUGGAGACUUCUAAAUCUUCCUUCUCAAAGUCCAGGUCAGUUGCUAGAAGGGCCGGCAGCUAUGUUACUAGCCCCGAUGUCCAAGAAAAUUCAAAUGCAUUUGAGGGAGUACCAUAUUUGUCCAAGAAUGUGGAUGUGCUUGAUGAUGACAUUGGUCAUGUUUCAGGACAUCUGUCAAGAGCUAAACACAAAGGAAAGAUGCAUGACAGCAGUCCAUUGGACAGUUCUGAUGCCAGAAUGAUGGACAGCAACAGAAAGGGAGCCCAUAAGUUGGGAAAGAAUGGAGGAAGAUCCCGUGGUGACUCUAAUGACAGGGUGCGAAUGCUCUCUCUGAAGUCCAAUCCUUCAGAAAGAAAUCAGAAAGCUCUUGAGAGCCAUGAUUACAGUGUUGAUGAAGAGGAUGGAAAGUAUGAAGAAGCUCAAAUGUUAGCAGUAGAUGAAAAGGCAGUAAUUCGAUUGGGGAAGAAGGGACAUAAAACCGAACCUCGUGUCCAUAAUAAUCAUAGCAAGUCGGACGUCUCAUUACUAGCAUGCAACACCGUAACAAAGAAACGGGCGGUAAAAGUGGAAGCAACGGAUGGUAGAGAGGAGGAUGUAAAUAUGGAGUCUACUGCCCUUGAAAUGCAAAAACUGGAUGACCCUGUUGUUCCAUUGAAGAAAAAGGCGAAAAAGAAAGCAAGGAUUGAAAGUGUAGCUGCUGCUGAUCUAGAAACCCAAGAGCCACCUGAAAUCAAAUUGCCAGAAGUGGAGGUGGUGGAAAUAAAACCACAGAAAAAACCUUACAUACCAAUCACACCUACUGUUCAUACAUGCUUCUCGUUUUCGAUUGUCCACCUACUUUCUGCAGUUCGAUCGGCAAUGAUCACUCCUCUUCCUGAGGACUCCUUGGAGGUUGUGACAAGACCUAUUCAGGAGAACAGACCGCAUGAUGAAGACGGUGGUACAACUAAUGGGUUUGUCUCUCCUGAGAACCUAGAUGCCCCUGCUCGUUCAAAUGUCCCUUCUCUAACGGUUCAGGAGAUUGUCAACCUUGUGAGAUCAAAUCCAGGCGACCCUUGUAUUCUCGAGACUCAGGAGCCACUCCAGGACUUGGUCAGAGGGGUUCUUAAGAUAUUUUCCUCGAGAUCUGCUCCUCUUGGAGCAAAAGGUUGGAAGGCGCUUGUCAUGUAUGAGAAGGAAACAAAAUCCUGGUCUUGGGUUGGUCCAGUUUCUCAAAAUAAUAAUUCAGCAGAUCAGGAGGCCGCCGAUGAGGAGGUUACAUCUCCUGAAUAUUGGGGCCUGCCACACAAAAUGCUGGUCAAGCUGGUGGAUUCUUUUGCAAACUGGCUAAAAAGUGGUCAAGAGACGCUUCAACAGAUUGGAAGUCUCCCCGAGCCACCUCUAUCUAUGAUGCAGACUAGCUUGGAUGAGAAGGAAAGAUUCAGGGACUUGAGAGCUCAGAAGAGUCUCAGCACAAUCAACCCAAGCUCAGAAGAAGUAAGGACUUACUUCAGGAAAGAAGAAGUCUUGAGGUACUCGAUCCCCGACAGGGCGUUCUCAUACACGGCUGCAGAUGGUCGGAAGUCAAUUGUUGCACCGUUGAGAAGGUGCGGAGGUAAGCCGACUUCGAAAGCGAGAGACCAUUUCAUGCUGAAGCGCGAUCGGCCUCCUCAUGUCACAAUUCUCUGCCUCGUGAGAGAUGCGGCUGCCAGAUUGCCCGGCAGUAUUGGAACUAGAGCUGAUGUGUGCACUCUGAUCAGGGAUUCUCAGUUUGUUGUUGAGGAUGUCUCGGAUGCCCAAGUGAAUCAAGUUGUGAGUGGUGCAUUGGAUAGGUUGCAUUACGAACGCGAUCCUUGUGUCCAGUUCGAUGGUGAUAGGAAGCUGUGGGUUUACUUGCACAGGGAGAGAGAGGAAGAAGAUUUUGAAGAUGAUGGCACUUCAUCCACCAAAAAGUGGAAGAGGCAAAAGAAGGAUCCUGCUGCCGAUCAGUCAAGCGAGCAAGAAGUUGGGGUCAGUUUAGAGGGGCUUAAUGGUACUGGUGUCGGUAACCAAUCUGGAUUAUUUGAACCGGGUUCUUCCGAUCUGAAUGUCGACCCUCCUGGUGGUGUGGAUGAUGAUGAUGGAAGAAGAGACGAUGUUAAUUUUGGUGACUUGAGACAGGAUGAUGUUGUGGAUGCCGGUCAUUUGCCGGAGCAUGGUGGCAACAUGCUACAAGACCACCACCAUUCGAUGGUUUGGGAUGCCCUCAGCAGCCUAGAUGUUCCUCCUCAUCAAGACCACCCCAAGUUAAGAUGUCACGAGAACUCGACAGAUCAGGAUUUCGACGACGAGAAUUUUGGAGAACCUCCUGGUGGGCUAUUGAGUUCAAGUUUGUGACUGAGGAAACGACAUCUCAGGUACUAUUUUCAACUCCUUUGGUGCACCUACUUUAUGCUUGAUCCCAGAUGAUAGUUUCUGUAUUCUGAGUGCAUUUUAUGUUUGUGGUUGGCAGGUGUUAAAAGUGGUCGUUCUACUCGUCCAUGGAGGAGAGCUACUGCGUUAGUUAGGCUGGCCUCCACUCCACAACAAGGCAUGUCUAUUUUUUUUUUUUUUUUUGGUUCCUAGUGAGGAAACAGGAUAAAAAAAUGGUCCUUUUGUUACCUUGUAUCUUUUUACCCUCUCAUAAAUGACCUUUUCGUCCUCUGCUUUUGUUCAAUAGCAUAGUUGUUACUUAGCCUCUGUAUUGUCUGAGAAAUGAAAGAGUCCAAUUACCCCCCCCCCCCCCCCCCCCCCCCCCCCCCCCCCCCCCCCCCCCCCCCCCCCAUUCGGCAGUCUCCGUGUACUCAUGUAGUAAGCUUUAAUUAACUGAUUUGACGAUUUUUUUUUUAUUUUUUUUUAUUUUUAUCCAAGAUAAGCCCCCAGGGCAUGGCCGAACAACAAAUAUAAUUCACUAACAAUACUCAAGAACGGUAGCCCGUAUGCAACCGGACUCCCGAUAAAAGAGCCUUUUUUGCCACAAGGUGGGCAGCUCUGAAAAAGCUCCGAGGAGCAAAAGGAUGCGAAACUGACACAGGGGACGAGAAAGAGAGAAAGUAAACUUCCCUUAGAUGGAGACGACUUCCUCAAUGUAGCAUCCCCAAUGGCGAAGUGUUCAAACCUCAAGGCGAAGUGUUAGCAUAGUGGUAAUAUGAGAAUAAUAUUACCAUACCCUG